CAGACGGCUUGAAUCAGUGUUUGCGCGGCAGAUCACGCGGACGGACGAGACCCACAACUCGCUUUUGGCUGCGCUUUCUCUCUUGUCUCGAAUUCCCAAUUUUGGUUUCAUUUGCAACAACAACGCGAGUUUUUCUCUCUCUCUAAUCCAAAACAUUUCAAAAAGAGUAAAAAAUAAGAUCUUGAAUUUUUACUCGAAAAAAUGGCGCCCAAUCCCAACGAAUGCGUGGUGGUCCUGCAGAUGCAGCAAUCGACUCCAACACCUCAAGAAUUGGCCGGUCAGAUGAUCAAGAUUGUCACCAGCGACGUCGAUUCCACUUCAGAGGAUGGUGAGCAUUUCUACGACGCUUCUUCGGACAUUGGCUGUGGCAACGGCGGCGUCGGUGAUGGCAAUGACGACAGGUCCGACGACAGCGCUCCAGAGGAGGGAGCCAAUGGCGGGAGCAACAAGGCCGAUUCUGGCAUCGAAGACGUGACUUUCGAGAUACCCGACGCCCAGUUGGCAGCUCAGAUUGUUGAGCAGGUCGAAUUCUACUUUUCCGACGCUCACAUCCUCAAGGAUGCCUUCCUCCUCAAGCACGCCCGUCGCAACCGUGAUGGAUUCAUCUCACUCAAACUCAUCACCAGCUUCAAAAAGGUGAAACACGUCACCAAGGAUUGGAGAGUCGUGGCUCACGCUUGCCGGACCUUGUCCAAGGAGCUGGAAGUCAACGAGGCCGGCACCAAGGUGCGACGCGUGGCUCCUCUACCCGAAACGGACGAGACGAGCCCAUCUCGCACCGUCGUGGCCAUCGGCUUGGCCGUCGACAAGGCCAGCAUCGAAGGAGUCGCUGAAAUGUUUAACGGCGUCGUCCCGCAAGGCGCCAUCGGAUUGAUUCGCAUCCUGCGACCUGGAAACACAAUCCCGCCCGACGUCCGCCAAUGCGCCAAUCGCCAUCAGGACAUUUUGACGUCCAUCUGCGCCGUCGUCGAGUUCGAGCAAGCCGAAAGCGCCAGGGCCGUUUUGAAAGAUGCGGCCGCUCUGAUGCCGGCCGGCGUCAAAUUGGUCGAAUUGGCCUCACGUCGCAACGGCGGAAGCAACAAAACGUCGCCCACUUCGUCUCGUCCCGUCACUCCCAACUCGUUGCCGCCGUCGGAGAACAACACGCCAAACAAUCGACGCAAGCGUCGCGGCGCCACCGCCCAGCCCAAAUCGGUGGUGUCCGCCCUUCAGGAUUCCGACGCCGAGGCUCCGAGGUCGCCGUUUUUGCGCCGUCACCACCACCAGCAAAACGAUUCGACGUCGUCGACGCCUCUUCACUCGCCGCAACCGCGCCGUCACAUGCCGGCCCAUUUGACGGGCAACAGCCGCGGCGGCUCCCGCCAAAACAGUCCCGAUCUUCACCAGAUCACACGCCCCAAAUCGUCGAGCUACUCUGAAGCCAUGACCAUCAACAGCAGCAGCGCUACAGCGGCCGGAACAGCUACUCCGCCCGGAUCGCAUAGCCCAUGGGUCCGCCGUCGCCUGGGUUUGGUGGCAUCGGCAGCUGGUGGCUCCGGUGGUCAGGAAUCGGGCCGAUCCAGUCCAUUGGUCGACAAUCGUCUCUCGGUUCCGGCCAAUAUUGUCCGCAUGCCCAACGGGCCGGACGGCACUCGCGGCUUCCAUUUCCAGCAAGGACAACAACAACAGCACGGUAAGCCGCGUUCAGCCUCCGCUCCCGAAGUCUCGCUCAUGGUGACCGUUUUCUAAACAACAACAAAAUUUAAUCAAAAACGCGCGGGAAAAUUUGAAAAUUUAAAAAAGAUUCACCAGCGAGGAAAUUUCAAUAUUUUUUUUUGGUUUCUUGUAAUUUUGUUCUUUAAAAUUUUUGUUUGUGUGAAUGUGUGUGUGUGAAUUGUGAAUUUGGGGUACCACCUGAAUGGCAAAAGUGGUACAAAAUGAUUAUAUUAUUAAUAAUUAAUUAUUAUCUGUCGAAAAGUUUAGUUUUUUGCUAAAUAGGCAGCUUUUGAGUUCAAUGCCUACAAAGACUUGUUCUUUUCUUUUUCUUUCAUUCUUUGAAAUUAAAAUAGGGGGUAAAAUAACAGAAGGAAAUAAUCUCUUUUUACGUUAAUUAUCAUGUUAUUUCUUCAAAUAUUUUUUGGGGGGGUCGGCUGUGAUAAUUCUUGAGUGUUUGUCCAUUUUUCAUCGAGUGUGUCCAAUUUAUUAUUUUGUAUAAUCAUCUAAUUCAUCGGAUCUAUAUUUUUUUUUCUUUUGGUCACCAACUAGUCCCUCUCCCCUUCUUCUUGAUUAUAUAAUAACCGACCCAUUCAAUUUCUUUAGACUCAUUUUUUUUGAAUUGAUUUUCCUCUUUUUCUCAGACCCAUUCCAUGAUUUGAAUAAUUCUCCAAACCCCCUCCCCACCAAUCUACCCUCGUCGUACCUGUAAAUAUUAAUAUUAAUUAAUACAUCGCAAAUUUAUUACUCUAAUUAUUAGAUAAUCAAAUCCGUCGCGGAUAUGGCAAAAAAAAAAAACUUGUUGUUGGGAUUUUUGGUUGUUGGUCAUUUUGAUUGUAAUUUAAAAAAUAUCUCGUGUAAGAGGAAGAAAUGAGGGUGAAUAAUAUUCUAUGUGUGUCAUGAUGAAAGAAAAACAAUACACUUUGAAUUUGUUGGUUGAAA